CAAGCAGCCCACUAGCCAAGCCCAAAAUACCAAAUCCAAAAGCAAUCAGUCAAUCGCCACUCCAGUCCUCAUCUUCUCGAACUUCUUUCAGUGGGUGCCGGUUCAAGCGCGUCUCACGCCCGUACUCGAUAGCCUAGAUUUAGAGUGUGCGGCAUUUCUGUCUUCACCAAUUCAUAACAGCAGGUGAGGAAGAUAUCUUUCUCCUUUGUCGAACUCUCUAUUGCGGCCAAAGUACUUGGUAGUUAAAAUGGGAAUGAACAUAGGCUUCCUCGUCGGCACUUUUGGUGUUUUAUUCCUCGCCAACGCCGCCUACUCCACGAUCCAGUAUAAGGCUUUGCUCAAGAUCACCGAGGAAGAGUUCUCUGGUCCUCCCUUUGACGUGGUUAUUAAGUUGAUUAUAGGUUUAGUAUUGUGCAUGUGGGCUGCCCUAAUAGUGCCCGGGAAGUUUUUGUCUAUUCAUCCUCAAUCUGAUGAGAACAGGGUUGUUGCUCUCCCUGAAAAUCUGGAUUUUAUGAUUUUCAAUCACCGUGGGAAAGCAUUUCCUCAGGAAGUAGUUGAUUUCAAGUUGAAGUGAUGCUUCUAGGAAAAUUGAGGAUGUUUUGUUCACUUGGGGAUCCUUUAGGGUCUAUAAAACAUAUUAUUUGAUGAUAGCAUGAAACCACCACAGCAUGAAUGUAUUUUAUUUAAGCUUCUAAAGUGUUAUAUUCGCCUCUAAGCUUCAACCUUGUGAGAAUGGGAAACGUGUUUUCGCUACACAAAUAUAUUGGUCUGUAGCUUAUACUCUUUCCGAGUUUCCGCUGGUGCUGGAUUUCUCUGAAUAAUGGAUUUCUUUCUCUUUUUGAAAAACUGAUCUAUUCUUUCUUGUCAUAUGAAAGCAAUUUUUUAUUCUGCUCUUUGAUGAGAUAUUUCACACAUGAUACGUAA